CGCCAGCCUCAGCGGCUGAGGAGAGCAGAAGGAGGUGGUGGCGGCGGGAAGAUGCUUUGAGGGUACGGCCCACUGUGCACCGAGCUCCCAAAGGAGGAUGCGGGAAGGUCAGGUCGAUGGCGGAAGCUGCUCUUUGGCGUAAAUUGCAAUCGAUUAGGGAUCGUUUCUCAGACUCAAGUUAGAAGUGAGAGUUCAGAUAAGUGAGGCCGCCAUUCCUGCUUUGAACACCUCAAGGGGAGAAUGGAUUUAUCAGGAGUGAAAAAGAAGAGCUUGCUAGGAGUCAAAGAAAAUAAUAAAAAGUCCAGCACUAGGGCUCCUUCUCCUACCAAACGCAAGGACCGCUCUGAUGAGAAGUCCAAGGAUCGCUCUAAAGACAAAGGGACCACCAAGGAGUCAAGCGAGAAGGACCGUGGCAGGGAUAAGACUCGGAAGAGGCGCAGUGCUUCCAGUGGAAGCAGUAGUACCAGGUCUCGGUCCAGUUCCACCUCCAGCUCAGGAUCCAGUACCAGCACAGGCUCAAGUAGUGGCUCCAGCUCUUCCUCUGCAUCCAGCCGCUCGGGAAGCUCCAGUACAUCCCGCAGCUCCAGUUCCAGCAGUUCCUCUGGAUCUCCCAGCCCUUCUCGGCGCAGACACGACAACAGGCGGCGCUCCCGCUCCAAAUCUAAGCCACCUAAAAGAGAUGAAAAGGAAAGGAAAAGGCGGAGCCCUUCCCCUAAACCUACCAAAGUGCAUAUUGGAAGACUCACCAGGAAUGUGACCAAGGAUCACAUCAUGGAGAUAUUUUCUACCUAUGGAAAAAUUAAAAUGAUUGACAUGCCUGUGGAAAGGAUGCAUCCUCAUCUAUCCAAAGGCUAUGCAUAUGUGGAGUUUGAGAAUCCAGAUGAAGCUGAGAAGGCGCUGAAGCACAUGGAUGGAGGACAAAUUGAUGGCCAGGAGAUUACUGCUACUGCUGUGUUGGCCCCCUGGCCUAGGCCACCCCCCAGGCGAUUCAGCCCUCCCAGGAGAAUGCUGCCGCCACCUCCCAUGUGGCGUAGGUCACCCCCACGGAUGAGGAGGAGGUCACGCUCUCCAAGACGCAGGUCCCCCAUGCGCAGGCGGUCCCGCUCUCCGGGCCGCCGCCGCCACAGAAGCCGCUCCAGUUCAAAUUCCUCCCGAUAAAAAGGCCACCGAAGCUCAUCUAUACCUUAUAUUCCACCCAGCUCAGUUGUGUCACUUUUCUAGCUGAAGGAGGGUCAGCAGGAAAGACCCCCUCACUUGGCAAGCUUCAAAAGCAGCAGUUGAGGCCUUUCCUCUGCAGUCAGAUUCUGACUGCAGAAGUGCUCAUGGUUCAGGGCUAUGUCCAUUGAGGGACCCUGCAGUUUUCUGGCUAGAGAGCUCACCCAUUCCUGUUCCUAAGUCUGUUCAGUGGCAGAGCCAGCAGGGACCAGCAAGUUUCCAGGUGGCAGUGUGGUCCAGCUUUUUCACAGAUGACCUGAGCUAGUCU